GAUCCGGCGCCGCCGGAAUAAGAGGCUACGGGAGCGCGGCGGAGCGGAGCGCGGGCAGCGCCGUGUCCCGGGGCCCAUCGGGAACCGGCGGGCUGCAGCACCCAUGGAUAAAUACAAAGCUCUCGAGCAGCUGCUCACAGAACUUGAAGAUUUUCUGAGGAUACUGGACAAGGAGAACUUGAGCAGCACUGCUGUUGUGAAGAAGAGCUUCCUCUCCGACCUUCUGCGGGUCUACACCAAGUCCAGUGGUGGUGAUGAGGAAUAUAUUUAUAUGAACAAAGUGACCAUCCAUAAACAGCAGGGUGACCAGGAGAAACAAGACAAAGUGCUGGAUCGGAGAAACUCCCUGACCAAUGGAGAUUCAGGAUUGCAUUCAUCCCCUCCUCAGAAGAGCCUGCCGGACCUCCCCCCUCCAAAGAUUCCUGAAACAAAACAACCUCCGGUCCCCAAGAUCGAAUCCCCAGAGGGAUAUUAUGAAGAGGCUGAGCCAUAUGAUGUCUCUGUAAAUGGUCUUUUUGGUAGGCUUGCUGCGGCUGGACCCAGGCCAGGGUUGCAGGUUACUGAGGGCGUUAUUUAUGCCACAAUAACGAUGGAAGAUGGUGAAGCCGUUAGUAGCUCCUAUGAAUCUUACGAUGAAGAAGAGAGCAGCAAAGGCAAGUCAGCAACCCAUCAGUGGCCAUCCACAGAGGCCACCAUUGAGCUGAUGAAGGAUGCCCGCAUCUGUGCGUUCCUGUGGAGAAAGAAGUGGCUGGGACAGUGGGCAAAACAGCUGUGUGUUAUCAAGGACACCAGGUUGCUGUGCUACAAGAGCUCCAAAGACCACAGCCCUCAGCUCGACGUGAAUUUGCUGGGCUGCACUGUCAUUCACAAGGAAAAGCAAGUGAGGAAGAAAGAGCACAAGCUGAAGAUCAUCCCCAUGAACGCGGACGUCAUCGUGCUGGGGCUGCAGAGUAAAGACCAGGCAGAGCAGUGGCUCAGGGUAAUCCAGGAGACCAGCGGCGUGCUGUGCGAAGGAGGCAGUGAAGGCAACCAGUACAUCCCGGAUUCGCAGCGUCUCAGUUACCCAAAGGUGGAGGUAUCCGAGAGGUACUCUGCAGCCUCCGAGAGCGGGAGCAGCACAGACGGCCACCCGGAGACAGCCGAGACGAAAGAUGUUAAGAAGAAGGGCACAACUGGCCUGAAACUGAGCAACCUCAUGAACCUCGGGAGGAAAAAAUCUAGCUCCCUGGAUAGCCCAGAGAGAUCCCUGGAGACUUCAAGUUACCUGAAUGUGCUAGUGAACAGCCAGUGGAAGUCCCGUUGGUGUCAGAUAAAAGACGGUCACCUCCAUUUCUACCAGGACAAGAACCGAAGCAAACUGGCUCAGCAGCCCCUGAGUUUGGCAGGUUGUGAAAUUAUCCCAGAACCAAGCCCUGAUCAUCUCUACUCCUUCCGCAUCCUGCACAAUGGGGAAGAACGGGUCAUUCUGGAGGCAAAGUCCUCGGAGGAAAUGGGCCACUGGCUGGGCCUCCUCUUGUCGGAGUCAGGUUCAAAAACGGACCCGGAGGAAUUUACCUACGAUUAUGUGGAUGCUGACAGGGUUUCCUGCAUUGUGAGCGCAGCGAAGAACUCCUUCUUCUUAAUGCAGAGGAAGUACUCUGAGCCCAACGCCUACAUCGACAACCUGCCAAAGGGCAGGGUGCAGCAGGAGGAGCUGUACGAUGAUGUGGAUCUGCCAGACCUGCCUGCGGAGGAAGUACCCAAGAGUGAGAACAAAUUGGAGGGGGACCAAGACAGAGUGUACCUGGAUCUCACCCCAGUGAAGUCCUUCCUACACUGUGCUGGCAAGAAGUCAUGCCAGCCUUCACCCCUCAGCUCACCACCUUUAGAAAGGGCUGCCAACAAGGCUGCAGUCGAGAGCGCAGCCGAGACAGCCCUCGUGGCUAAGGAAGCUGAGCCCUGUAGUAAGGCGAUGGAGACCUUGGAGCAGAAACACCCAGAGAAGCCAGAACCCGACGAGGCGCUGCCACGGAUACCCGCCGUCAAAAUCCAGACGCAGCAGCAGAACAUCGCCUUCCCCCAGCCGGUCCCGGAGCUGCUGGUGGGCCCAGUGACGGCGGGCAGUCCCCAGCUGGUGCCCGCACACCGGCCCAAGAUGCCACUGCCGGCGGCAGCAGUGGAAACCAAGCUGGGCAAGAACCGGACGGAGGCAGAGGUGAAGCGGUUUACAGAGGAGAAGGAGCGGCUGGAGAAGGAGAAGGAUGAAAUCCGGGCUCAACUCACCCAGCUGCGCAAGGAGAGGCGGGAGCUGAAGGAAAUGCUGGGGAGCAGCACAGACAAGAGCCUGGAGCAGAGGCUGAAGGAGGUGGAAGAAGAAUGCAGAAGGAAGGAGAGCCGGAGAGUGGACCUGGAGCUGAGCCUAGUGGAGGUGAAGGAGAACCUGAAGAAAGCAGAGUCUGGCCCUGUGACUCUGGGCACCGCGGUGGACACCACGCACCUGGAGAACGCAGCUCCCCGGAUUCAGGUAAAAAGUGCCAGUCCAGCAAAUAGCGCAGAGAACUCACCAGUCAACUCAGCAACGGCUUUAAAAAACCGGCCUUUAUCCGUCAUGGUGACGGGGAAGGGAACAGUCCUACAGAAAGCUAAGGAAUGGGAGAAGAAGGGAGCUAGUUAGAACCAUGUUUUUCAGAGAUGGACUAAAGACUGGAAUUGCCCAUGCAUGGCCAAGGGGAUUCAAUCACCUGUAGGUGGAGGUUGGGUGUGCAACACAACCACACACCAAGUGCCUCCUCCAUGUCACGCCAACUGCUCAGAUGCAGCAAUGGAGUCAACGGCUGCCGAUGAGAGUUAUCCCAAAUGAUCUUGCUCUUUCCAGACAAGUCCCAAUCACAUAGCUAAAACAAUAACAACCAGUGGCAAUCCUUGCAUCAAAUUCCUAACCCAGUUGAUGUAAACAAGAAUGUUACUGUACAUAGGGGUGUUUUGUGUAUUUCUACUCUGAAGGUUUAUCAAUGAGUUAUUAAGGUUUCUAUAUUAGUGACAGUAGUGGGUUCAGAAGGGGCCUCUGUUAUUCUUUAUACCCCAGUGGUUUUCAACCUGUAGUGGCAAAUUGCAGUCAACUGAAGUCUCACCUGUCUUGCUGCCAGUCAUCGCUCAGCUGCAUUUCAUCCAGCCUUCAGUCAAGGGCAAUAACCAUGCCUGAGCAGUGCUUGAGACACAAAUGAGAAGCACACAGCAGCCUGUCCAGGGGAUUUUUUAAUUCAGUGUCCUGAUGCAUCCCAGCAUGUGCUUACUCCUACCAGGCUGCUGCAGAUUUGCCAGAAUAUUGAGGAAGAUCCCUGCUCACCUUCUCAUGCUAUAAGCUGUGUUACAGACUGAUGUCACCAAGAGCUCUGGGCAGAUUCAGUUAAUUUUCUUGAAGAUCUUUGUCUACUUCACCUGAGGACUUUGUUCUGAAGAAAAAAAAAAAUAA